UUUUUUUUCUUCCAUUACAAUUUUCUUACGUAAACAAACAUAUUAUUAUGCCUUCCUAUGUUACUGAUGCUAAUCUUUCAAGUACUGAAUUAGCAUUUUGUGGUGCUACUGCAGGCGUCAUUUCAAGGGUCGUCAUUGCACCACUUGAUGUUGUAAAGAUUCGAAUGCAACUACAAACGCAUCGUACACAUUUUAGUUUUAAUGCACCAAAAAAACAUCAACUUACUUCUAAAAUAAAAUACUCAAAUACAAUUCAAGCACUUAAAACAAUAUUAAAAGAAGAGGGUAUAAGAGGAUUAUAUAAAGGAAAUAUGCCAGCAGAAUACCUUUAUUUAUCUUAUAAUGCAGUUGAAUUUUGGGCUUAUAAAGAAUUAGAACAAAGAAUAGAGAAAAUAGAUAAGGAAGGCCGACUACUGUCACAUCCAUUAAAGACAUUUAGUAGUGGUAUGAUUGCCGGAUGUAUGGCUACAACCGCUACUUAUCCUUUUGAUUUGCUAAGGACCCGAUUUGCUGCUGCUACUUCUGUUCGAGGGUCAGGAAAGGAUUAUACAACAGUGGCACGAGCAAUAGUUGAUAUUUAUGAAAAAGAAGGUAUACAUGGUUUUUAUAGAGGAUUAUGGCCUGCAAUUAUUCAAAUCAUGCCAUAUAUGGGACUACUGUUUUCAAGUUAUGAUUUAUUUGCAAAAGGAUUUAAAAAACUAAGGGAUGAACAAGUUCUAUCAGCAAGUUAUAAACCAACACACGAUAUGAUUAGUGGAGCUUUAUCUGGCUUAUUCAGUAAAACAAUGGUUUAUCCAUUUGAUUUGGUUCGAAAACGAAUGCAAAUGGAAGGAACAAUAAGAAAAUCAUGGUUAACGUGUAUAAAAACGGUUGUUAAACAAGAAGGAUAUAGAAGUUUAUAUAAAGGCCUUAUUCCAUCCCUUGUUAAAGUAGGGCCUGCAAAUGCUGUUACUUUUAUGGUAUUUGAAGAAACUAAAGAUAUUUUAUUAUGGCUUAAAAAAAAGUGAUUUAUAGCAACGCCUUUUUUUUUUUUUUUUUUUUUUU